GUUGGCCCUCUCUCUCAAAACGCGCUAACUAAUAUACAUUGUAGACACGCUAUUUUGACAGGCAACGAUUGAAGAUUAAAUAGCCGAUUUAAUAUGAGAGAAAAAGAUCUUCGUGCUUCUUAUACAUCCGUCAUUCUCUCCAGUCGUGAUCAUCAAUAGGCAAUACACCAGCCUAUCAACUUCACCCCUCUACAACGUCAUUCAUCAUGGCGAACGAUAUUGUAUACUUCCUCAAGACCCAUCGUCGUCAGAUUAUGGCGAUCGGGAAAAAGAUCUUUAAUUUCCUGAAAAACAAAAAGAAUACAGCAGCAGCAGCUGGGGCAGGAGGCGCAGCCGGUGGAGCAGCAGGCUACUAUGGUAGUCAACAACAUCAACAACAACAGCAGCCAUACCAACAACAAGGACCAGGAUACCCACAACCAUACCAACAACAACAACCUCAAUACGGCGGAGGACAAGGUCAAAACUUAUGGGAUCAUCCACCACCACAAGGACAAUACGGACAUCCAAACGCACCUGCAAACAUUCCUGCAGGUGUUAAACCACAUCAUGGACGUUAUAACGAUAACGAAAUCAAUUCAAAAAAUGAAAGAUAUAUGCAAUUACGUAACCAAGCACGUUCAGAAGGUGAUAAGAUGGCCAGAUGUUUUGAUGAUUCUCAUAAAGCUUAUUCAAACGGCGAUGGUGGUAGAGCAAAACAAUUGAGUAACGAAGGACACGAACACAAGCGCAAAAUGGAACAAUUGAACGGAGAAGCAGCUGAUUGGAUUUAUCAUGCAAACAACGAAGACAGUGGACCAAACGAAGUUGAUUUACACGGAUUGUACACACAAGAAGCUAUCCAAAAAACCGAAGAAGCAAUUCGACAAGCACAAGGUAAAGGAAUGCCAGAAUUACGAGUUAUUGUCGGAAAAGGUAUUCAUUCCAAGGAUCACGUCGCUCAUAUCAAACCUGCCAUCGAGAAACUCAUGAAGGAUUACGGUAUCGCUGCCGAAUUGGACCCAAAGAAUGCAGGUGUCUUGCUAGUUCAUUUGGGUGGCGCUGCAAAUGCACCACAAGGAGCAUAUCGUGACUCUGGCUUUGCCAACAAAUUGGCUCAACAAACCAGCGGAAAAGACGAUGAAUGUACAAUCAUGUAAACAGUAUUCAUGUACUAUUUUUUCGCAUUAUCCUUGCUAACUGUGCACAUUCAUACCCUGCAAAUCAGACAUUUACUAAAUUUUCAUUAAUCUUUUGUUACAAAUGUGUAAUGAAGAGUAUGUACAUUUUUUGAUAGCUUAUUGGGAUGCUGCAACAGCGACUGCUUCAGCACCAGUUGCGACUUGUUCUGCUUUAUCCUUUGCCUCAUCUUUGCGUGCCAAUUCAGCUUCACGCAUCUU